UAAUUGGAAACAUAUGUCCGUGUGUGUCCCCACCUCCUCCUUCCUCCCCCCUUCUUCUCCUCCCCGUCCCUCAAGGCUGGGAGAUUUCGGUCUGCUUCUUUGCAGCUCAGAAUCUGGGGAACUUAACAUCCCUGCAAACACCAUGCUGGGCAGAGCCGCAGGCCUCCUCCCCAGCAUCUACCUGGUGCUUCUCUUACCUGUCUCAGCCAGCUCCUGCCCCAGCCGGUGCUUAUGCUUCAGGACCACAGUCAGAUGCAUGCAUUUGAUGCUAGAAACCAUCCCUGAAGUCCCACCACAGACCAAUGUCCUGGAUUUGCGCUUCAACCGCAUCAAAGCCAUCCAGCCUGGAGCCUUCAGGAAUCUGAAGAACCUCAACACCCUGCUUUUGAACAACAACCUGAUAAAGCAAAUUGCACGAAGAUCCUUCGAAGGACUUGACAGCUUGAAAUACCUCUACCUUUACAAGAAUGAAAUACAGAGCAUCCAGCAGCAUGCAUUCAAGGGCCUUUCUUCCCUGGAACAGCUUUACCUGCAUUUUAACAACCUUGAAACCUUGGAGCCAGAGACGUUUAGCGACCUGCCCAAACUGGAAAGGCUCUUCUUGCACAACAACCGGAUUUCCAGAAUCCAGCCGGGCGCUGUCACCCAACCAGAAUCCCUUAAACGCCUGCGGCUGGACUCCAACGCCUUGCUGUGCGAUUGUGACCUGAUGUGGCUGGCAGAAUUGCUGAGGAAAUUCACUGUGCAGGGCAACACCCAGACGGCAGCUACCUGCGAGAACCCAAGGGAGCUGCAGGGGCGCUCCAUCGUCACCCUGACCACCCAAGAAUUCAACUGUGAGAGGCCCCGCAUCACGACCGAGCCACAAGACGCAGAUGUCACCCUGGGCAACACCGUCUAUUUCAUCUGCAGAGCAGAAGGUAACCCCAAGCCCAAGAUCAUCUGGCUCCACAACAACAACGAGAUCGACAUGCAAGAUGAUGGGCGUCUGAACCUCCUGCAAGACGGAACAUUAAUGAUCCAAGAUACCAGGGAGUCGGACAAAGGCGUCUACCAGUGCAUGGCCAAGAAUGUCGCCGGAGAAGCAAAGACCCAGGAAGUUGUGCUGCGCUACUACGGCCACCCAUCCAAACCCAGCUUUGUGAUCCAGCCCCAGAACACAGAAGUGCUGGUUGGGGAGAGCGUCACUUUGGAAUGCGGGGUCUCCGGGCACCCUCUGCCCCGCGUCACCUGGGUGCUGAGCUCUGGGUCUCCACUGCCGCAGGACCCUCGCUUCACCAUCACCAGCUCCGGGGGGCUAUAUAUCCAAAACGUCACCUUCUCGGACCAAGGGCAGUACAGCUGCAACGCGAGUAACAGUGAGGGCUCCAUCCAAGCCACAGCCAACGUCAUCGUGCAAGAUACUCCCAAGUUUCUGAUCAUCCCCACCGACCAGACCGUAACAGAGGGUCAAAGCGUUGAUUUUCCCUGCUCUGCAGAGGGCCGUCCACUGCCAGUCAUUGCCUGGACGAGAGCAGGUGGUCCGUUGCCGAGCGACCGGAGACACAGCAUCCUUUCCACAGGCACCCUGAGGGUGGUCCGAGUGGCCCUUCACGACCAAGGCCAGUACGAAUGCCACGCCAUCAGCGCCAUUGGGGUCCGAAGCUCCCCUGUGCAGCUCUGGGUGACUCCGCGAGUGAUUCCGGUCUUCCUUCACCCCCCGCAAGAUAUGGUGGCGGAGACUGGACAAGACAUCGAGAUCACCUGCGCUGCCCAAGGCGAUCCACAGCCCACCAUCACAUGGGCCAAGGAAGGAAUUCAGAUCACAGAGAGUGGCAAGUUCCACAUGAACAGAGAAGGGACCCUCUCCAUCCGAGACCUGGGGAUGGCUGACCAAGGGAGGUACGAGUGUGUAGCCAGGAACACUUUUGGGUUUACUUCCAGCACCAUGCAACUGACAAUCACAGCUACGAACGUUGGCAGAAGCGGCGACACCUUUGUAGCUACCUCGAUCCAAGAAGCCAUCAGCAGUGUGGACCACGCCAUCAAUUCUACGCGCACCGAGCUGUUUAGCAAGCGACCCAAAACUCCUAAUGAAUUGCUGGCUCUUUUCCGUUACCCGCGGGAUCCGUACACCAUCGAGACAGCUAGGGCCGGAGAGAUCUUCGAACGGACCUUGCAGCUCAUCCAGGAACAUGUGCAGCAAGGCUUGGUUGUGGACAUGAACGGAACAGGGUACCGCUACAAUGACCUAGUCUCCCCGCACUACCUGAACAUGAUCGCCAACCUGUCCGGCUGCUCUGCCCACCGCCGCACCCCCAACUGCUCCGACAUCUGCUUCCACAGGAAGUACCGGACCCACGACGGCUCGUGCAACAACCUCCAGCACCCCAUGUGGGGAGCCUCCCUCACUGCCUUCGAGCGCCUGCUCAAGCCGGCCUACCAGAAUGGGUUCAACCUGCCCAGAGGCUUCUCUCUGGCCGACGACUCCCGGGAGCUCCCCCUGCCGCUCCCUCGCUUGGUCUCGACCGCCAUGAUUGGCACCGAGACCAUCACGCCCGACGACCAGUUCACUCACAUGCUGAUGCAAUGGGGACAAUUCCUGGACCACGACAUGGACCAGACCGUGGCGGCCAUUAGCAUGGCGCGCUUCUCCGAUGGAGCGUCGUGCAGCCAGGUGUGCACCAAUGACCCUCCCUGCUUCUCCGUCAUGAUCCCGGAAAACGACCCGCGGGUGAGGAACGGACACUGCAUGUUCUUCGUCCGCUCCAGCCCCGUGUGUGGUAGCGGGAUGACCUCUCUGCUGAUGAACUCCGUGUACGCCCGGGAGCAAAUCAACCACCUCACCUCGUUCAUCGACGCAUCCAACGUCUACGGGAGCACGGAGCACGAGUCUCUGGAGCUGAGGGACCUCAGCAACCAGAGGGGGCUCCUGAAACAAGGGCAGGUGGUCCCCAGCUCCGGGAAGCACCUCCUCCCCUUCGCCGUGGGGCCUCCCACCGAAUGCAUGCGGGAUGAGAGCGAGAGUCCUGUCCCGUGUUUCUUGGCCGGCGACCACCGAGCCAACGAGCAGCUGGCCUUGACUUCCAUGCACACCCUGUGGUUCCGGGAGCAUAACCGCAUGGCCGCCAAGCUCCUGGCCCUGAACCCUCACUGGGACGGGGAUACCAUCUACCACGAGGCUCGGAAGAUCGUGGGGGCCGAGAUGCAGCACAUCACGUACUCGCACUGGUUGCCCAAGAUCUUCGGGGAAGCCGGGAUGAAGGUCUUGGGGGAGUACAAAGGCUACGAGCCCAACACCAACGCCGGCAUUCUGAACGCCUUUGCCACGGCCGCCUUCCGCUUCGGCCACACCCUCAUCAACCCUCUCCUCUACCGGCUCAACGAGACUUUCCAGCCCAUCCGGCAGGGCCACCUCCCUCUUCACAAGGCCUUCUUCUCGCCAUUCAGGAUCACCCAGGAAGGCGGCAUCGACCCGCUUCUCCGCGGACUCUUUGGGGUCCCCGGGAAAAUGCGAGUGCCUUCCGAACUCUUGAACAUGGAGCUGACCGAGAAGCUCUUCUCCAUGGCCCAUUCCGUCUCUCUGGACCUGGCAGCCAUCAACAUCCAGAGGGGGCGCGACCACGGCAUCCCCCCUUACAACGAUUUCCGGGUCUUCUGCAACCUCACGUCCGUGCAGGAGUUCGACGACCUCAAGAACGAGAUUAGGAACCUCGAAAUCAGGGAGAAGCUCAGGAGUUUAUAUGGAAUUACAAAGAACAUCGACUUGUUUCCUGCUCUGAUGGUGGAGGACCUUGUCCCGGGUACGAGAGUGGGGCCGACACUCAUGUGCUUAUUAGCAACUCAGUUUCGAAGACUCCGAGAUGGAGACAGGUUUUGGUACGAGAACCCAGGUGUGCUCAGCCCUGCCCAGCUCACGCAGAUAAGGCAGGUGUCUCUCGCCCGCAUCAUCUGCGACAACAGCGACCACAUCAGGCAGCUGCAGAAGGAUGUUUUCCAGGUGGCAGCCUACCCACAGGGCAUGGUCAGCUGCGAUGAGAUCCCGGAAGUGGAUCUGCGCCUCUGGCAGGACUGCUGCGAAGACUGCAGGACCCGGGGCCAGUUUAGGGCUCUCUCCCAACAGUUCCGAAGUAAAAGAUCUUCUGGCUUCAGCUACCCAGAAGAAAACCCUUCCAAGGCCAAGCCUGGGGAUCUAAGGCCGGAGGAACCUUCUCAGACCCCACCCUCAGAGGAGGACCUCGAGGCAUUAGUAAACGAACUGGAAAAAACCAUCUCCUCUCUUCAGAGAAAGGUUAACGGCUUGGAAAGUCAACUGAGACAGCAUCAAAGAAGCACCACAGCCGGAUAUGGCUGGCAGCAGAAGAGUGGAGCUGCCUUGAGGAAAAGAUGACCCACUCUGCACGGU